AUGUUUUCCCGUCCACAAAAUGUCACAUCGUUGCAGUUGGAAGACCAAAACGAACGUCUCCGCCUGCAAAACCUACGAUGUACGACACAGCUGCAGAUGUUGAGGAGCUUCACUGAAAAAAGCAAACAAUUGAAAGCAGAAAUGGCGAUGAGUAGGAGUAUUACGGGGACACUUCCUGUGAUGCGUGACACCGAGAAUCGAACUUCCGACGAUUCCGGUCUCACCAGCGACGACACCAGCGAGCGACGCCAACUUGGCGCCAGUGUUAUUGAGACUUCAACGCCACGGCAACAGAGGAAGCCAGGUAAGGUUCGACUUCGGAAGGAUUCAGUAGAGUUGGAGAAGGGAUCGUCGACCAGCGAUUCCUCUCCUUGGGAGGAGAAAGCAAAACCAAUUCCUGUUCCGAGGAAGCUAACUGGGAACAAUAAUUUUAUGGAACGAGAUAGCCUGAAUUCUUAUGCUGACGAUUACGAAUUUGACGUCGAAGAUGAGAUUUUCGACGAGAUUGCCUCUCCUGCAGAUAGAGAAGGGAACAUUAGGUACAACGGUUACGUGAACCUCUCUGACUUUGUUGCCAUUCGUGACGAGGGGAGCACUUAUAGCGACAUCAUGAAGACGGCAGUCGAACGUCCAGCACUGCCGGAGCACAAGCCAAAGGCUUGGGAGUCGAGACUGCUUCACUUGGCGUCUGAAUGCUUGUCAGUGAGUGAUUGCGGCGACUGCGGCGACCUCCCAUGCACCAGCACCAAUUCGCCAAAUCAUCCAAACUCCAACAACACCACCGCGACCGAUUCACCUACGUCACGACGUUCCUGCGGAAGCAAGCUGUCAGCUCGUUCGUCUCCUCGAACGCAUUCCUUCUCCUCCGCUUCGCCGGUCAUUUCCGAAGGGCUCUGCUUUGCGGUCAAGGAUCUUUCCAUAGACAAGCCAUCAGAUGACGGUUACUACACUCCACCGGAUGCUUCACGUCACAGUGGUGACAUUCGCACAUCACUCAUACCCUCCUUUGACACCGUGGAGAAAAGCGGCUAUUGGAAUCAAAUGUCCGAUUCCCGUCUGAAGUCCUUGAAACGCAGAUUCGUCGUGCUCAAAAACAAUCAGCUCAGCUUCUAUAGAACCGCUAAAACCAAUGCGAAAGGCGAGGAUCCUCUGAUGAAAAUAGUUGUGUCUGACAUCAUUUCUGUGGCGAAGAUCUGUCAACAAGGUUCCACCUACGCCUUCCAGUUGGUAACUCAAUCGGCAAAAUACCAAUUCAUGACGGAAAGUGAACGAACUACUCAUGAAUGGGUCACCACCUUGAAUGCUGUCAUCAAAGGAUCAACGUUGCGAGACCUGGCCACUCGUUGUGCCCCCGUAGAAGCGUCGAUCAGCGGCUGGAUGACAAGAGUCCGGUGUGGCCACUCGAAACGUGUUUACGCCUCGUUGGUCCGACACAAGCUAAUGUUCUUCAAGACUGCCGAAGAUACGGUCCCUUGUGGAUUUACCCAAUUGAAAGGCGCUCGAGUGAUGGAUAAGCAGAAAAUGUCCUCAGACGAGUACAGUGGCAGCAGCGAUGAGCAAAACCCUGACAAGAAUUCGCAAUCGGGCAAAAAGGAUUCCUAUAGUCUCAGCAUAGAGAUGGCUAACGAAGAUCCGCUCUACAUAGUUCUGAGGAGUAGUGAAGAGAAAGAGAAAUGGCUGUACUUCCUGCGAGCAGCCAGUGGCGAUGCGACGCUUUGUGGAUCCCCAUUCGCAAUUCUUGUUCAGCGAAUGCUGGCCGAGGGAGGAGAGCCAGACUCACCAUUAUGGAAUGAUUUACUGCUGACGUCUUGUGACGACACACCAAAGGACACGCUCAUGGAAUACGAAGGGAACGACAAGAAAAAAGCGCUUGAAAUAGCCAAGGCGACAUACCUGUUCGUCUCAGUACUCAUGCGUCCAAUUGCUGCUCAGUACCACAUUGAUCUCGCACAGAACAUUCUUUCGACUGCGAUGCAGCAUGAAUUUCUUCGCAACGAAGUCUACGCACAAUUAAUCAAACUGACAAGCGGGUCGAUGCCGUUUUCAAUUCAGGGCUGGAAACUGCUUGCAAUGGCAAUUCCUCUUUUCGUUCCAACACAGUACUCUCUACUUUGGUUGCUCAAAAAGCAUGUCGCUCGUUGGUGUAUGAAAACCGGGGACGAGUCGAACAUGGCGGAGUACUGUCAGUGUGCUCUGGAACGAGUUCUGCGAGUAGGAUGCCGAGAAGCUGGGCCGAGUCGGCUCGAGACUACAUCUGUACUAACCAGAGAUCCCACCAGUACCAAGUUCCCUCAUUCGAUCUCCGUCCGAUUGCCAAAUGGGCAGUAUCAGGUAGUCGAAUUUGAUGGAUCAACAGAAAUUGGUCAAUGUCUCUCAUCCCUCUGCCUGAAGCUCGGCAUACGUCCGGCAUUACUUUCUGGCUAUGCCCUUUACAUCGAUGACCCUACUACGAAAGGGCUACAGCUGCUCAAAGGAAAACAAAAGCUUUGCGAUUGCCUAUACGAGUGGGAGGUUCGACUGAGGGAUGUGCUGAGAGGAAAAAUUUCGCCCGACUGCACAGCAACACUCUCCUUGCGAAUGAGGCACUAUUGGAGGCAUUUAAUAUGUAAUGAGACCCCCAUGGAACGAUCGCUUCUCGUAUGGCGAAUGGCUGAAGAGCUGGUAGACAGUCGUAUCCCAACAAGUCCUCAAUUAGCUGAACAACUAGCUGCACUCUAUGCACAGCUUUCCUACGGUGACGCUCCACCUCAGGCAAUUUCUGACGAGCAAUUCGCUUUUAUCACUAAGCAAUUCUUCCCUGCAAAAAUGCUGGACGUCGCAUGUUUAAAGUCAUUAAGGUCCUCUUUACAUUCGAGUUGGAGUGAACUCAGUGGAAUGAGCGAAUCGGACGCAAUAAAAUUCAUCCUGCAGGUGCUUCGGCAAUGGCCGUUGUUCGGAUGUCAUCUACAGGCGGCUGGUAUGAGAACCAGUAAUGAGCGGAAGGUCUACCUUGCCUUGUCCGACACGGCCGUUCAUGUCAUUGAUCAUCGACACUUUGAUGUGAUCCGAUCUUUUCCAUACAAUCGACUGGCUUCGUUUGGUGGUUUCCAUAACGACUUUAUGCUGACCGCUGAACGAACAUUGCUGCCUGAUUCUCAUCCAGAAGAAACCACUAGGGAACGGAUAACGUUCAGUAUGGAGAAACACGAAGUUGAACAGGUGACUAUGAAAGGCUUUGCUCUACUCCCGUUGUAUAACUCAGCGUGA